AUGUCUCCGCCAUACAAUGUUCUGAAAGCCUUCUACGAUUUCAUUAUCAUCGGAGCCGGCAACGCUGGCGCUGUCCUUGGGGCGCGUCUCUCGGAGAAUCCUCAUUUCAACGUCCUCGUGCUUGAAGCUGGUACCGAGGUGCCAAACAAUCAAAAUUGGACUGUCCCAUUAUACGCUACUCUACCGAUCCAAUCAGAGCACGUGUGGCGCUAUUCGACCGUGCCUCAGGUUGGGCUUAACGGCAGAAAAGUCUCAUCGCUGGGUGGGAAAGUGGUCGGUGGGUCAACAAAUGUCAACUUCAUGCUGUACACUCGCGGAACGAAUGAAGAGUAUGACCGCAUUGCCAACAUAACGGGCGAUCAUCGUUGGUCAUGGCAAAAUAUCAUCCCCUAUGCCAAAAAGGCCGAGACGCUCAAACAUCCCACCAGUGGUAACGACUUCCCUGGGGAUUACGAUCCCACGACGUACGGAACUACAGGUCCUACACUUAUCUCCCCUCCAAAUGACGGAAGUCCAUUCCACAACAAGUACCUAACAGCCGCUCACGAGCUCCCGAACUUCAGUUGGGCCGGGGACAUUAACACUGGGAAGGCUCUCGGUCUCGCUAGAAUAUUUGGAACCAUAGGGACCGGGGUCAGAAGUGGUUCAAGCAACUACCUCAAAGCAGCUAGAGACCGGCCCAACUUUCAUUUGGUGACGAAUACCCGUGUUACCAGAAUCCUGUUCUCUGAAUCUGGCAGCACACCAGUUGUGACUGGCAUCGAGUUUGCUAACAGCCCAGAUGGCCCAAGGACUGUCGUCGGAGUUGUCAAAGAAGCCAUUCUUUCAGCUGGCGCCAUCAAUUCCCCCAAGAUCCUGCUGCAGUCAGGUGUUGGUCCAAAGUCGGAGCUCGAAGCAUUGGGGAUCAAAGUGGUUAAAGACCACCCCGAAGUAGGCAAGAACCUCCAGGACCACGUACAGGUUGGGUAUAAUUGGGAAGUAAAUUCCAGCAUCUCAAGGGACCAGCUCUUCCGUGACCCUCUCACCCCCUUUGCUAAACUGCAAUACGAGUUGUAUGCCAUCAACAAAACCGGUCGUCUAUCCAACACGAUCAGCCAAAGCAUUGGGUUCUUCCGUUUGCCUUCUGAUGAUCCCAUCUGGUCGAAACCUGGCGUCGUUGAUGAUUCCCCGGGUCCACACUCACCACAAUAUGAAUUUCUCACGGAUGAUGGAUUUUUCAGCACAAGCGUUCCAACCCCUCCAGGGAAAAGUUUCAUGGCUAUUUCGACACUCCUCUUGACUCCCAGCGCUAGGGGAAGUGUGAAACUGAACUCAAGCAAUCCUUUUGACGCACCCUUGAUCGAUCUUGCACUCCUUACAAAGGACCUUGAUAUCCACAUUAUUAAGACUGGCAAGUUCACCUCUCAACAAUCUCAGCAGAAGGCCCGUGCGCGAAACUUCGUGACUGCACCCGUUUUCAAGGGCUACGUCUUGGGAGAGUAUGGUGAAUCAGCCAAGGCACAAACAGACGAACAAAUCGAAAAGUAUAUUCGCAACAAUGCUAGUACGUGUGCGAUGGCAGGUGGUUCUACUCUUUCCAUUUCGGCCAGGGGCAGCACCAAGGGGGUUGUCAACCCCGAUUUAACCGUGAAGGGUAUCAGGAAGCUACGCGUUGUCGAUGCCAGUAUUUUGCCGCAUGUACCUGCGGGUCAUCCUCAGAUGCCAAUCUACGCAAUCGCAGAGUUCGCUUCGGAGUUUAUUAAAGGAGAUCACAAGUGGAGAUGGAUGGACGGCACUUUGUCCGACCAGCUUCGUAAUGUGUUCGAGGCCAGCGCAUCUGUUACUGACUUUGUGAGGAGGAUCUUCUUCAAAUAA